GUCAAACCCGGGCCAACUGAGCACCCGAGCAGUCUCAUCGACAAAAUACGCAAUGUCUGAGAGCGACAACCAAGUGGGGUUCGGCUUCCAGGCCGACAUUGUCAGCACGGCCAACCUCGCCCACCUCCUGACCGGCCGGAUCCUCAAGGCCCUUAGCGACGGCGGCGUCGACCUUUACGCCAUCACCGCCUCCAUCUGGCUCGGCAAGCAGAUUCCCUUUCGCACAUCCUUGCAGGCCACUGUGCACCCACAUCUCGCGGCCAGGCGCACCUCCGUCGUGAAUAGCUUCCUGGUCAAGGCUCUGAGCAUCGGCUGGGGCCACACAACCGUUGCCGUUGAGAUGGUGCGAACGCAAGCCGGCACUAACGCCCUCCUGCUCAUUGGCGCCCUGGCGGCCGGUGUACCCAGCUUUCACGCUGCGCAGUGCCUCUCGGAACUCUUGAACUCUUACGGCUGCGCGGCAGAUCAGAUCCCAAACGUUGACGUUCUGAAAAGCAUGACGGCCUACAUUGGCCCAAUGGUCCAAGACCUCGGAUUUGCGAAAGUCCUUGAGCACGUCACGACUUCCGCCUCCCACGAACUUGUUCGGCAGAAACUGGAGAUCCCCCUUGAUGUUACUGCCAUUGGUGCUCCGCAGGUAUUAGCGAGUGCUAUUAAGCAGCUAAUUUUCACCUCGCAGAGGGGCGAAACACCCUACCUCGUGCCACGACAGAGAGGAGCAUGCGGCGGCAACGAAGGCAAGGUGGUUCUACAGAUGGCGCCGGACGACAAGCCAAGUGCUGCGAUGACUCGCAGCCUUCGGAUCGGUGGUCUUCUGCUAACGCCGCCAACAAUCAAGGAAGAACGCGCACCCAUCGCCGUGGAGUAUCUGCUCCCAGAUGCGCUCGAGGCUGAGCUUGGUCUUCUCCCUGGGCUCGAGCUAGAGACCCGGUGGUUGAUUCAUCACGCCAUUGUGCGGUUCUCCACGUUCAUGCGUAGCAGCGGACUACAAGUCAAGGGCAAAACUGCGACGUUUGGUGCAAUGAGCCGAGCAUUGGAGCUAGCUUUGCAGAACCUAGGCAUUCAGCACGAUAUCGAUUCGAGCGAUGCGUCUUUGGCAGGUUCACUGGCGGCGGCAGACCCUGAAUCUGCAGAAGCCUACCUUGAGUCGGCUGCCGAAGAGACUGCCUGUAUCACAAGGUCGAGCAUAUCAUAG